UUGAGUGACAGCGUUGCCGCUAAUUUUCAGGAGAUACGCUCUAUCUCUGGUUUUGAAGAUCAAGUGAAAGUUCUGAAGCGAGCAGGAUGAGUGGCUUUAAUUUCGGUGCCCCCGGCGGAUUUAACUUUGGUACGCCAAAGACCACGGCAGGGGCCGCCCCAGCUUCUGGCUUUGGGAUAUCCAGCAGCACUUCUUCUGCUGGGAGCGGCUUCACCUUCGGAACCCCCAACCAAGCUCAGCCCCCCGCUGCUGCUAAUCAGACCUCGGGACUCUUCUCAGGGCCUGCCCAGGGCAACACUGGCAACACGGGGGGCUUCAGCUUCGGCAACACAGCUCAAACCAGCGCCUCUGGGGGUGGUUUCUCCUUCGGGAAUACUGCUUCAAAGCUCAGCUUGAACACACCAGCAACCUCGCAGCCUGCCUCAACAGGGCUGACGCUGGGCACCGCGACCCCUUCGUCGGGGACAGGGUUCUCCCUCGGGGGGGCGCUCGGCACACAGACCACCAUGGCCCCCGCGGGUGGGGGGUUCACCUUUGGCACAGGCGGCACGCUAGGGACGGCCACAGCACAGAUCCAGGCCCAGCCUGCAGCGGGAGCAGCGACCGCGGGGUUCACCCUGGGUGGAGCCCCUGCUUCACAGGCAUCAGGGGGAUUCAGUUUUGGAGCCAAGGUCCAGACCGCCGCCAUCACCACAGCGGCCCCCACGUCCGCAGCCGGGGGCGGGUUCUCUUUUGGGACGAGCACCGCUGCCGCCCCUGCACAGCCCACUGCUACCCUCACCUUGGGGGGCCAGUCCACAGGUCUCACUUUGAGUGCUGUGACCCCAGCCUCAACCACUGCAGCUGCCCCAGGGGCCACCACACAGGGGGCAGGGUUCUCCUUCGGCAUCAAACCUGCAGCCACUCCAGCCCCUGCCACCACAGCCCCACCUAGCCAGGCUGUCCCUGCUGCAGCCUCUUCACUCUUCACAGCCCCUGCGGCAGCAACUGCUGCAUCAACGGCAGCUACAGGUUUCACACUGGGAGCAGCUACAACAGCUGCAGCCCCCGCGACCACCUCAGCCGGCGGCGGGGCCCUGGGCUUCAUGCUCAAGCCCCUGGGAGCCGCCACUACCAGCACGGCCACAACAGCUGCUGCCACCACUGGUACUGCCACAGCUUUUGCUCUGGGCACGAAGCCUGCAGGUCCCACUGCCACCGGCACCACAGCCCCCAUCACAGGAACGGCCACCUCUACCACUGCUGCCGCUGCCAGUGCGCCUCCGGUGAUGUCGUAUGCCCAGCUGGAGGCGCUCAUCAACAAGUGGAGUCUGGAGCUGGAGGACCAGGAGAGGCACUUCCUCCAGCAGGCCACACAGGUCAACGCCUGGGACCGCAUGCUUGUGGAGAACGGUGAAAAGAUUACAUCUUUACACAGAGAGAUGGAGAAGGUGAAGCUGGACCAGAGAAGGCUGGACCAGGAGCUGGACUUCAUCCUGUCCCAGCAGAAGGAGCUGGAAGAUCUGCUGUCUCCUCUUGAGGAGUCGGUGAAGGAGCAGAGUGGAACCAUCUACAUGCAGAACGCAGAUGAGGAGCGGGAGAGGACGUACAAGCUGGCAGAGAACGUGGACGCCCAGCUGAAGAGGAUGUCCCAGGAUUUGAAGGAGAUCAUCGAGCACCUCAACACAUCCAGCGGGUCGGCAGACACCAGCGACCCGCUCCAGCAGAUCUGCAAGAUUCUGAAUGCUCACAUGGACUCCCUGCAGUGGAUAGACCAAAAUUCAUUACUUCUGCAGAGACGUGUAGAGGAGGUGUCCAAGCUCUGUGAUAACCGGCGCAAGGAGCAGGAGAAGAGCUUUCGCAUCACAUUUGAAUAAUGCAAGUGUGCAGAAAAAAUGUAAAGAGAUUUUAUUGUGGAUGUACUCAUGUGUGAUCCUUAAUAUACUUGUUAAAGCAGCUUUUU